CGCUGAUGGUGAGAUAUGUGACAAGUUUAUCUUGCCUAGUGAAGUUCUGGAGGACAGGAACAAAAGUUCAUUGCAAAAGGUAUGUAGUACACUCUUAGAUGAAUAAAAUUCCAACAUAAUUAGUCUCUCACUAUAUACACUGUGCUUUGACCAUCACGAGCAACUAGAAUGAUAAGUGGAAUAUAAAUUGCAUAUCGUUACUUAUCAAACCAACUACAAAGGGUGCCAUGUCCACAUAUCACAAAUGUUGGAUAGACUAACCUAGUGACUGAGUGGCGGAAGAAACUAUAAGAACAAAGAUGAAUCAUGACCGAGGUCCAUGGAUGAAUAAAACGUCAACGUUGUGUUAUGACUAUGAUCUGUCACAGUUUGAAAUUGGGGGCAAUGAGCUUAUACUAUACAUCACCUUAGUUCUGGGUAUACUAAUUUCACUAUGGAUACUACUGGGGAACACCUUGGUCAUUGCUACCUACAGAGCUAACAGAAGUUUACAUACAGUUGGAAACUUCUAUAUUGCACAACUGGCAAUAGCAGAUUUUUUGACUGGAAUGGUCGGUUUGUUCGUCAUAAUAUCGAACACAUUCUUUCCAUUGAAAUGGGUAUGUAGUGUAACAUACAUCUUCAUCUAUCAAUUUUUUGCAAUCGUAUCACUAGCAUCAUCAUUAGGAUUUUUGAUUAUGAUUUCUGUAAACAGAUACAUUGCUGUAUUCUGCUCCCUAAGAUACCACUCAAUAAUGUCGCAGCACAAGUCAAUCAUCAUCUCGAUCACUGUAUGGUCGUUGAGUGUUAUUUAUUCCAUGAUCAUUAUGACUGAUUUUUAUGUCUAUAUAUCAGCAUAUAAAGAGGAAAUGAAUGUAGAGGUGGAAUGUGAGAAAUCUGUAGAGAUCCCCAGGAUAACAGGCUACUCAAUUGGUAUUAUUUUCCUGAUUGUGCUAUUGGUUCAUGGAGCAAUCUACACAAUGAUAUUCAAAGCAGUCAGAAAGCUACAACGGAAGGCCAAACACUCAACAAGGGAUUGCCCAAACGUACCAGUCUCUGGUGCUAAUCUAAAGCUAAUCAAAACCGCUCUCAUUAUCAUAUGCUUAUUUACAAUAUGCUGGGCGCCUUUUGCUGUGUCACUUACUAUUGCCCAGUAUGGCUGGUUAUCGAGGGUUGAUGUUAAUAUUUUGUUCUACCCUGCCUAUGUUCUAGCUAUUGUUAACUCUGGCAUGAAUCCAGUCAUUUAUGGUAUCAGAUCUGUCAGCUAUAGGGCAGGUAUGAGUAAGUUGUUGAGACUGAAGAUCAUUCGUUAGAUGUGAUAUAUCAUACUACGAACAAUCAGUAUGCCCAAUCAUUUGUAUUCAUGUAAGGGUUGCUAGCCUGUUUAUGUGC